AUGCCUGGAAAAAUCUGGUUCAUUACUGGCGCGUCAAGUGGGUUCGGACGGCUCAUGACAGAGAUCGCCCUCAAGAAUGGGGACAGUGCGAUAGCUACGCUGAGGAAGCCUGAAGUUCUGGCCGACUUGGUUUCCCAGCAUAGCGCGGAUAACCUCCUCGUGUUGAAGCUUGACGUCACACACCCCCAGCAAAUCAAGGACGCAUUCUCCGAGGCGAUCAAGAAGUUUGGCCGUGUCGACAUCGUCUUCAACAAUGCCGGAUACUCCAUGGUUGGCGAGAUAGAAGGCGCCCCGGAGGAUGCGGCUCGCGCUGUUUUCGACGUCAACCUAUGGGGAGCGGUGAACGUCAGCAAGGAGGCGGUCCGCAUCUUCCGAGACGUCAACAAGCCCGCCGGAGGAACUCUCCUACAGAUAUCCUCGAUAGCUGGUAUUGAGGCGUACCCGGCCGUCGGUUACUACAGUGCCAGUAAAUACGCGCUGGAAGGUAUAAGCACGGCACUUGCAGCGGAACUUGAUCCAGAGUGGAACAUCAAGGUAGUUUUGGUUGAGCCCGGCAACUUCGCGACACCGGUGCUCAACAACCUCGUGCGCACACCGCCGCACCCUGCGUAUACGAAACCCACCCUGCCCUCCGCCAUGGUACGCGAUAUGAUCAAGGGAGGCCCCAUUGGCGCGGAGGCGGACACGGUCAAAGCUGUGGCAAUCAUGUACCAGAUCGCGCAGCUCCCCGAUCCACCACUUCACUUUGCAGUGGGCAAAGACGCCAUCCAAGGGGUCAAAGUGAAGGCUGAGAAGCUGCUCGCCGAUACAGGUCGCUUCGCUUCCUGGUCGGAUGCGCUGUCUUCAGAGGUCCAGCUGGUAGUCUAAAGCUUUGAUGGUCUUAUACGAAGCGUGGAAUAUGUAUGGCUUGCUGCCAGUAUCCAUCUCAUCUGCUUGGAUUGCACCAGACACCACACGUCAAUCGGAGUGUUGGAUUCCGCAGCUGAGGCGCUUCCUGGACCACUAUUGACGGGCAACGAGCGUGUAUUUCCACCUCGACUACGGCGAGACGCCGUGCGGUCGUGUG